AAUAUAUUCAUUCCAUUUUUCUGAUUUCCAUUUUUAUUUUUGUUUUAUCUAAAAUAGGUAAUCCAACCUUUUAAACUACUAUUGUAAUUCGUCCAAAAAAAAAACUAACAUAAUCCUCGAAUUGUGCGCCUUGUAUAGUGUGUUUUACUGUAGAGCUGACAGAAUACCAUUCUUACACAGUCACAUCUUGAUCCGUUCAUUCAGGUGGUCUUGAGAAGCUGAUGUAGUUGAACAAUGAAGUACGCAUCUGUAAUUGGGGAUUCAAUUAUUCGAUUCUAUGCAGAUUACGUCGGGAUUAAGGAUCGCAAUGAACUAACAACUCAUCUCAAACGUGUACAGGCACUCUUAAAUGAGGUAUGCUUAUUAACGUCUUGUAUUUAUGUUUAUACCACCACUUCUUUAGAACAACCAAACCUACAGGUGUAUCGACGAAUUCAAAUUUGCCUACUCUCGUAUGUGCGACCGGUUCUUUUACCCUGGGUUAAUUGAAAUCGGAAAGACUUCUAGUCCCCUUUUGAUAGAUCUUGGUUGUUGUGCAGGUAUUUAAUCAUUGAGGAGCAAAAAAAGCUAUAUGCUUGGCUGAUAUUGAUAAUCAACGAUAUGUCUAUUAUAUGUUGCUUUCUCUAUAUUGUAAGGUGUUGAUCUACGCAAGCUGAUGCUUGAUGGUUAUCCUGUAAAAUCAUUAGUUGGCGUUGACCUGUCUGCUCGUUACAUUGAAUGCGGUUAUGAAUUGUGCC